CUUGGUGCCAGUGUCCACAAGCCCCAUUUGCCGAUUCGCCAGCAUGCUGCGCUUGCUCCUGCUCGGCGCCGCCGCCGCCAUGGGCCUCGAGCUCCAGGUGCCUUCGGUGCUCCUCACGAGCGUGCCCUUCACGGCCACAAUGACGUUGCCAGCGGGUUCGUAUCCGACGUUGCUCGACUACACGAUCCAAGACCAAGCCGGCGCGUACCUCGCGUCCGGUGUCUGGAAUGUAUCGCAGCCGCUGACCACGACGCUCUCUCUCGACGCCUCGGGCGCCAACGUCUUGCGCUGCCACGCGUGGUCGAACGCGACGAGCCUCAGGGCGACGCGCGACGUGCGGAGCUUUCCCGGCUACGUCUCGCUUCUCCCGCCGCUGAUCACGCUUCUGUGCUCGCUCCUCAUGGGGCAGGUCAUGAUUGCGCUGCUCGUGGGCAUUUGGUCGGGCGCGGCGCUCGUCUCGGGUGGGAAUCUCUGGCUCGGGUUUCUGCACACGUUUGACGUCUACUGGGUCAACGCGUUCGUGGACCGCAGCCACGCUGGCGUGCUUCUCUUCACCAUCAUCCUCGGCGGCACGAUCGGCGUCGUGCAGAAGGGCGGCGGCGCGCACGGCCUUGCGCACCUCGCGGCCUCGACGAUGCGCACGUCGUUCCGGAUGCAAAUCUCGACGUGGGUGCUCUGCUGCUGCCUCUUCUUCGACGACUACUCGAUGAUCCUCAUCCUCGGCUCGAGUCUGCGCCAGAUCCUGCCGCGCACGGGCGUCAGCAAGGAGAAAUUCGCCGCGAUCAUCCACACCAUGGGCGUCUGCCUCCCGUCAAUGGCGCCCGUGAGCUCGUGGAUCGGCGUCGAGAUUGGGUACGUGGCCGCUGUGCUCACGUCGCUCAACUUGGACUGGGAUCCGUUCGUGACGUGCCUCUCGAGCCUCCAGUACCGGCUCUUCCCCGUGCUCUUCAUCGCGUUCAUCUUCAUUAUCAUCAUCUUUGAGAAAGACUUUGGCCCGAUGCUCAAGUACGAGCGCGCCACGGCCGAGGCCGCCGACGAUGUGGGCGUCGACGAAUUGGAGACCGACCAAAUCGAAAGCAAUGAGCUCGACGACAACGACGAGAAGCCGCUUGGCCCCAUGGAGCCCAACCCGCGCAAGCCGAUGCGGGCGCUCAACGCAGUCGUGCCCUUCACCAUCAUCGUGGCCGCGACCUUUGUGGGCAUGAUCCUCGACGGCUUCCAGUCGCUCGCGGCCGAAUUCCCCGGCGAGUCGUUCGGCGUCCUCGACGCACUCAGCCAUAGCGACAGCGUCGCCGCGCUCAUUCGCGCCUCGGCGCUCGGCUGGGUCGUCGCCGUCGUCUUGCUGCUCGUGCAGCGCAUCCUCUCGAUGCAGGAGGUCAUGGGCGCGUGGAUCGAAGGUGUCAAGGACGUCAUGGAGCCGACGCUCAUUUUGACGCUGGCCUGGGCCCUCGGCGCCGUCAUUGGCGAGGUCCAAACCGCGGGGUACAUUGCGUCGACGCUGCACGGGCAGAUCGCCCCGGGCUACCUCCCCGCGAUCGCCAGCGUGCUCUGCUGCGUCGUGUCGUUCGCGACAGGCACCUCGUUUGGCACGAUGGCCAUCAUGCUGCCGAUUAUUUGCCCGCUCUCGUUCAAGGUCUCGGGCCAGGAUGCGGCCAACUUGAUGCAGUGCAUUGGCGCCGUCCUCGGGUCCUCGGUCUUUGGCAACGCGUGCUCGCCGAUCGCCGACACAUCGAUCAUCACCGCGCUCAGCGUCAACAUGCCGCUCCAGAACCACGUCGAGAGCAUCCUCCCGUACGCACUCGUCGUCGCUGGCACGUCGAGCGUCGGGACGCUGCUCCUCGGCGCCCACGUCGUCACGACCUUCACCGCCUUUGCGCUCUGCUUUGUGACGCUGCUUGGCCUCGUCGCGUUCUGCGGCUCGCGCGUGCCGUCGCGCUUCCGGAGCAGCUCGAACGCAUCGUCGGUUCUGAGCCUCUCGCCAUCGCAUCGGUACAGCUUUCUUAGCACCGUGUCGCCGCCUGCGUCGCGGGAACAAGACCGGCUGCUGCCGCCGCCGGCGCCGGCUUCAUCGAGCUCGAGCGUCCUCGACUAUGUCCACAAGCUCUUUCCGUCGACCAAGCCCUCGGAAAAGAAGACGACCCCCGCGUGAGCAUGGCGCGUAGAGUGUAUCGAUCGCCGAGUGCUCUCCCGGCGUAGUAGAACGAGUAGACUAUGGUUAAAACCUGCGUUGCCUCCGGA